CAUGGGACCAACACUUUAUGUUAAGUUUAUAUUUUUGUUCAGUAUAUUUAGUUGCAUUUAGGCUAGUUGCAUAAAACUUUCAACUCUCUCUCAACACUGAUGUGUUGUCAAAUUUAGACUGGGCUUCUUAUUCACUUUCCGAGGUCAGUGUUGAGUUGUAUCGUUAUAUCAUUGCUACGAGAAAAGGCAGACUUUAGGACGGCGAAAAGAAAUGGCUCUGCUGGUGCCCUAGCCUUCACCUAUUCCCGAUCCUAUCCCUCGAGCGACGUGGCCAAUCAGUGUGUGUGUCAGCGACACAUGAAUGAUAUCCAAGGAAUGGCUCGCGGAACAAAGAAGCCGCCGGUCUCGAAUUCCCGUCGAUAGAGAAAAUUCGCGAAUGAAACAGCACAGAAGAUUUGUUGUUAAGGCUUGAGUGAMACCAAAUGAAUAUCUUCGACGCAAAGUCCAACAGUUUUGGUUUUGUUUUGCUCAAGGAGGGACCUUGGCCUCGUGAGAGCUUUGUCGAGCGCCAGCAUUGGAACGAAGUAGGCAGAACCACUGUCAAGGGAUUGACCUGUUAUUUUAGGACUUGGUGAUGUGGUGGUUUGCUGUGGAUGCCAGCUCUCGGAUGGAUUAACAAGAGCGAGGUUCCUCUGACAGUGGACUGAGUGUCUCUGUGAGAGCGGCUCUCAGCCAGGGACGACUGCCCUUCUGGCCACAGCGCCCAUGAGGUAACGGUGAGAAGUCCCAUACCACCCUCGCUCCGCCCUCCACCCCCAUCUCCCUCUAUCCCUCCAUCCCUCUCCAGCGAUGGGUCAGAAGAUCUCGGGCAGCAUCAAGUCGGUUGACGCACGGGGCGAGCCCUCAUAUCGGCCUGUCCGCCGUGAGCUGCGGGGUCCAGACUUCUGCCGGCCUCCUCGUCUUGACCUACUUUUGGACAUGCCCCCUGCGACCUCUGACCUGCAGCUCCACCAUGCCUGGAACCCAGAGGACCGCUCGCUCAACGUCUUUGUCAAGGAGGACGACAAGCUGACCUUCCACCGCCACCCGGUGGCCCAGAGCACCGACUGCAUCCGCGGCCAGGUGGGCUACACACGGGGGCUCCAUGUCUGGCGGAUCCACUGGCCKGCGAGACAACGAGGAACACACGCUGUCGUAGGGGUGGGCACGGCUGACUCUCUUCUACACUCUGUGGGUUACACAGCCCUGGUGGGUUCGGACUGUGAGUCGUGGGGUUGGGACUUGGGCCGGAACAGACUCUACCACGACAGUAAGAACCGGCUGGCCUCCACCUCGGCACCAACAUACCCGUGUUUCCUGGAGGCAGACGAGUCGUUUGUUCUGCCGGAUGCCCUGCUGGUGGUGCUGGACAUGGACGAGGGCUCGCUCAGCUUCAUGGUGGACGGCCAGUACCUGGGCGUGGCCUUCAGAGGGUUAAAGGGCAGGAGGCUGUACCCUAUCGUCAGUGCCGUGUGGGGACACUGUGAGGUCUCCAUCCACUACGUCAAUGGACUGGAUCCGGAGCCCCUCCCCCUGAUGGACCUGUGCAGGCGAGUGGCCAGGCUGGCUCUGGGGCGGGACCGAGUCAACCAGAUAGACACCCUCCCUCUGCCAGAGACCCUCAAGAACUACCUCCAGUACCAGUGAACCUACACUCACCAGGACAACGAACAACUGCUUGACGACGGCUACAUUUCACUACGGUCAACCACAAACAAUUGAACCCUGAACCACUGGACAUCUACUGAGGAUGAUGAUGGUCGGGAGGAAGCCUAUAAAGGAGUUGCGAGUUUCCUUUUAGGAUUUGUGUCCAUUUUGAACUCCAUUGUUUCAAUUUGCUCACUGCUGUCCCCCAGAUGGACAGAUGAGCGAUUGAUGGACAGACAGAGGUAGAUGGGCUUGAGACUGGACUCUAGCAGAAGUGUUGGGCUAUGAUGCUGUCUUCUCAUUGGGUCUAUAGCAUGGAAGCUUCUAGAAUAUAUUCCUGGAGGAACAGGGCAUUUUGGGGAUGAUGCACAGUUACUGUACAUCUAUAGACUCUCUGGAAGCCUCUCUGCACAUGUAGAUAUUUAGACUCUAGCAGGCUCUACUGAGGCUCACCAGCCCCUAGCCACAGGGACGCGAACAUCGUUCAAAGCAUGCAUAUGCAAACACUAGCUCAUGCUCAGAGGGGCUGUUUUCAGUGUGUGUGAGGUUUUAUGCAUGUGUGGGUUGGUGCGUGUCGGCCUUGCUCUGCAACAGGCACCCCAAGACAUCAGUCUGACCCACUGAGUUUGGCAACACUGCAGCCCUGAUAUCUCUAGUCCCCUGCUGCACUGCACCUCCCUCUCAACUGGCAGUCUCCCUUUAUUUAUCAGUGGGUUUCAUUGGAUCCAUGACUCUGUCUGGGUGAGUGACUCGGUGUGCGUCCACAGUSGCACCCUAUUUCCUACAUAGUGCACUGCGUUUGAUCAGCUUGAUCAAAUGGCGUGCACUAUGUAGGGAAUAGGGUGCCAUUGUGGACAUACAUGGCAUGUUGUCAGUCAGUGUGAUGUGUUAAAGCUGAGGUUGGUCUGAGGGCCAAUCUGCUGUUACUGUUCAUGUGCCUGCUCAGAGAAAGCACAUCUCACAGGAGACAAAGAAAAGACCUGCUGCUUUUUCCCCUCUUUCCGUUCUUAUCCUGAUGGUGACUAUUCCUUUAAGUAUAUUGUUCUGUUUUUAUGACUGGGGAUUUACUUUGUUUCUGAUUUUUGUUUUCUAUGGUUUUGAGCGCUAUUUGCCGGACAGGAAGUGACCCGGGUGAGACAGGAAGUCUCGCUGAGAGAGACUGAUCGAGGAAUGUGCUGCCAUGAUAAUCUUUUAAAUGUGAAUAAAACACAAAGAAACUGAA